UCCUCGCGACCGAUCGUGCGGCCCCGCAGCUCGUGCGCCGCGGCCGACAUGAGCUUCUUGUUUGGUAGCCGGUCCUCUAAAACAUUUAAACCAAAGAAGAACAUUCCAGAGGGGUCUCAUCAAUAUGAACUCUUAAAACAUGCAGAAGCUACACUUGGCAGUGGCAAUCUUCGGAUGGCUGUCAUGCUUCCUGAAGGAGAAGAUUUAAAUGAGUGGGUUGCAGUAAACACUGUUGAUUUCUUCAAUCAGAUCAACAUGCUUUAUGGAACCAUCACAGAUUUCUGUACAGAGGAAAGCUGUCCAGUGAUGUCAGCUGGCCCAAAAUAUGAAUAUCACUGGGCAGAUGGAACAAACAUAAAGAAGCCUAUUAAGUGCUCUGCACCAAAGUAUAUUGAUUACCUGAUGACCUGGGUUCAGGACCAGUUGGAUGAUGAAACAUUAUUUCCAUCAAAAAUAGGUGUCCCAUUUCCGAAGAAUUUCAUGUCUGUGGCAAAAACUAUACUCAAACGCCUUUUUAGAGUUUAUGCUCACAUUUAUCAUCAGCAUUUUGACCCUGUGAUCCAGCUUCAGGAGGAAGCACAUCUUAACACAUCUUUCAAGCACUUUAUUUUUUUUGUCCAGGAAUUCAAUCUCAUUGAUAGAAGAGAACUUGCACCACUUCAAGAGUUAAUCGAAAAACUCACCUCAAAGGACAGAUAAAAGGAUGCAGAACUGUGCAAAUCGUUCCUUACAUGAAGCUGUGUGGAGUGUCUUUGUAUUUUUGUUGUUUUAUUUUUAUCUCAAUUUUGUCUUUGGGUUGCUUGUUUAGGUUCCUUUUUUUUUUUUUUUUUUUUUUUCAGUAAAACUGAAACCAUAUUUUGUUGUUGUUCAUGGAAGCCAAAAACAAUUCUCUAUACAUUUAAUAGUGGUAAAUUUUGUCAGUGGCAUUGUGUGUGUAUACAUAUAUAUAUUUGUAUAUGUGCAAACACAUACUGUAUGUAUUU